GGAUUAAUUAAGAUGAAGCACCUUGUCCUUCUGUUGGUAUGCGGAGCUGUUGGAUGGGCCCAGUUCUGUGGUCUGCAGCCAGGAGCUGUAAACGUAGCGAGAUCGGGAACAGCCAGUCAAAGCUCCACUUACGAACUUGAUCAAUUGCCAACACUUCCUGAAGCCUUUUUGGCUAUUGAUGGAAUCAAAACAACAGACCACUUUGUGCACCCGUGUACCCACACCAAAGCUGACCACGGACCCUGGUGGAGACUGGAUCUCAAGAAGAGCUUUAAGAUUGACGCGGUGGUCAUCGUGAACCGAAUGAAUUGUUGUCCAGGUCGUUUGCAUGGAGCCCAAAUACGAGUUGGGAAUUCUGACAGUAACAACAACCCGAUAUGUGGCACCAUCACCGAUGUCUCUGACCCCACCAUCGCUGUCUGCUGUCAGGGAAUGGAGGGUCGCUUUAUCACGGUGGUGAUCCCUGACCGCGCAGAGUAUCUCUCGCUCUGUGAAGUGGAGGUUUAUGGACGGGCUGCUGUAAAUUUGGCGAGAUUGGGGACAGCCAGUCAAAGCUCCACUUUCAAUUUUAAGGUACCACCAGGGGAAGCCAGUCUGGCUAUUGACGGCAACAAAGAAACAAACUACUUUAUUCAUGCGUGUGCCCACACAAACGGUGACCAUGGACCCUGGUGGAGACUGGAUCUCCAGAAGAGCUUUAAGAUUGACGCGGUGGUCAUUGUGAACCGAAUGGAUUGUUGUCCAAAUCGUUUGCUUGGAGCCCAAAUAAGAAUUGGGAAUUCUGACAGUAACAACAACCCGAUAUGUGGCACAAUCACCGAUGUCUCUCAAGCCACCAUCGCUGUCUGCUGUAAGGGAAUGGAGGGUCGCUUUAUCACGGUGGUGAUCCCUGACCGCGCAGAGUAUCUCACCCUCUGUGAAAUGGAGGUUUAUGGACAGGCUGCUAUGGAGGAACCUCAGGUCUGCUGGACCUUGGCACGCAUGUACAUCAAUCAGCAAGUGGAGAACCUAAGUCUGUGGAAAGCUGAGAGACAGCAUAAUCUCAGGAUGAAGUGCUUUCUUCUUCUGUUGGUGUGCGGAGCUGUUGGAUGGGCCCAGUUCUGUGGUCUGAAGCCUGGAGCUGUAAAUUUGGCGAGAUCGGGGACAGCCAGUCAAAGCUCCACUUACAAUUCUAACGGAACCCCAGGGGAAGCCAGUCUGGCUAUUGACGGCAACAAUGAAACAAACUACUUUAUCCAUGCGUGUGCCCACACAAAGGGUGACCAUGGACCCUGGUGGAGACUUGAUCUUCAGAAGAGCUUUAAGAUUGACGCGGUGGUCAUUGUGAACCGAAUGGAUUGUUGUCCAAAUCGUUUGCUUGGAGCCCAAAUAAGAAUUGGGAAUUCCGACAGUAACAACAACCCGAUAUGUAGCACCAUCACCGAUGUCUCUCAAGCCACCAUCGCUGUCUGCUGUAACGGAAUGGAGGGUCGCUUUAUCACGAUGGUGAUCCCUGACCGCACAGAGUAUCUCUCGUUCUGUGAAGUGGAGGUUUAUGGAGAUGCUGGAUGGGCCCAGUUCUCUGUAAAUUUGGCGAGAUCGGGGACAGCCAGUCAAAGCUCCACUUACAAUUCUAACGGAACCCCAGGGGAAGCCAGUCUGGCUAUUGACGGCAACAAUGAAACAAACUACUUUAUCCAUGCGUGUGCCCACACAAAGGGUGACCAUGGACCCUGGUGGAGACUGGAUCUCCAGAAGAGCUUUAAGAUUGACGCGGUGGUCAUCGUGAACCGAAUGGAUUGUUGUCCAAAUCGUUUGCUUGGAGCCCAAAUAAGAAUUGGGAAUUCUGACAGUAACAACAACCCGAUAUGUAGCACCAUCACCGAUGUCUCUCAAGCCACCAUCGCUGUCUGCUGUAACGGAAUGGAGGGUCGCUAUAUCACGGUGGUGAUCCCUGACCGCACAGAGUAUCUCUCGUUCUGUGAAGUGGAGGUUUAUGGAGAUGUUGGAUGGGCCCAGUCCUGUGGUCUGCAGCCAGGAGCUGUAAAUUUGGCGAGAUCGGGGACAGCCAGUCAAAGCUCCACUUACAAUUUUAACAUAACCCCAGGGGAAGCCAGUCUGGCCAUUGACGGCAACAAAGAAACAAACUACUUUAUCCAUGCGUGUGCCCACACAAACGGUGAUCAUGAACCCUGGUGGAGACUGGAUCUCCAGAAGAGCUUUAAGAUUGACGCGGUGGUCAUCGUGAACCGAAUGGAUUGUUGUCCAAAUCGUUUGCUUGGAGCCCAAAUAAGAAUUGGGAAUUCUGACAGUAACAACAACCCGAUAUGUAGCACCAUCACCGAUGUCUCUAAAGCCACCAUCGCUGUCUGCUGUAACGGAAUGGAGGGUCGCUAUAUCACGGUGAUGAUCCCUGACUGCGCAGAGUAUCUCUCGUUCUGUGAAGUGGAGGUUUAUGGAGAUGCUGGAUGGGCCCGGUUCUGUGGUCUGCAGCCAGGAGGGGAAGCCAGUCUGGCUAUUGACGGCAACAAUGAAACAAACUACUUUAUCCAUGCGUGUGCCCACACAAAGGGUGACCAUGGACCCUGGUGGAGACUGGAUCUCCAGAAGAGCUUUAAGAUUGAUGCGGUGGUCAUCGUGAACCGAAUGGAUUGUUGUCCAAAUCGUUUGCUUGGAGCCCAAAUAAGAAUUGGGAAUUCUGACAGUAACAACAACCCGAUAUGUGGCACCAUCACCGAUGUCUCUGACCCCACCAUCGCUGUCUGCUGUAAGGGAAUGGAGGGUCGCUUUAUCACGGUGGUGAUCCCUGACCGCACAGAGUAUCUCUCGCUCUGUGAAGUGGAGGUUUAUGGACAGGCUGCUAUGGAGGAACCUCGGGUCUGCUGGUAG